AAGGCUGCCGCGGCUUUACAAAGUUUUGAGCGGUUUAGUCGAUUGCUCGUCUUCAUCUCCAUCAAAAUGGCGCACGUCGUUGCUCUGUUGGGUAGAUCGUCUUUGGUCUGCCCUUCGUCGUUGCGGCAAUUCUUGGGCCAGCCCCGAGGUGCCCCCCCUUGCCGCCUGCGUGCUGGACGGGCGUCAUGGCCCGGGCGUGGUGUCUCUGGGCCCGGCAAUUUCGUUAGCAAAGGGCAUGUCGAAGCUAAAAGUAAAAGCUUGACGAGGGCGCGCAGACUGGCAAGCGGCGCCGCGCGGGCCUUUUUUUCUUUCUGUUUGCGUAGUGCGGCCGCCUCCGGGCGCGCCUGUUCCGCUUUCCUGGACUCACCUACCCCGGUGCGCGGCGCGCGCCCGCCGGCUACCUGUGCCUGCCGCACUUUUCAGGCCCUGCCCGGGCGCUCCGCCGUGUUGCCUAACCGGACCGGCCGCCCGCGCUUCCCCUCCCCUUUGAGUGGGGUCGGGGCGGCGUAGCCAGAACUCCCAUGCCCGUCCGGCCGGGGGCGCGAUCGAUGGAUGUGGCCGGGCGCGUUCGUCUUGGUUGGGUGACGUAUAGCGUUGCCACCCCUUCCUGCGCGGCCUGGCCCGGCGGCGCGGUGGCCGCCGCUGUGAUUUAAGAUAGAAAGAAAGGGAAGCAUCUUGCCUACGAGCGAGGUGUGCUCCCAGUCGCGCGCGGACCUAAAGUUGAGUUGCCG